UUUGACAGAAAGUUGUUCACUAGUGUCCUUCUGAUCCUGACUGAACCAAACCGAGACGGAGUGCUUCAAAGUGUUUUAUUUGUUUAGUCAGCACCUCCGCUAUAUGCUUGCCGGAAUCAUCAUGAGAGGAACAGGUCUGCUGCCGCUCUUCGUCCUCGCCUUCAAAUUGACUGUAACUGCAGGAACCCACUCUCUUCACAUCACAUUCACAGUACAAACGGGAAUUUCCAGCCUUCCUGAGGGCAUGUCUUCAACGUUUUUUGACGAAGAGUACAUUGCUCACUAUAACAGUGACAACAAGACGCUCGUCCCCAUCCAGAACUGGGUGAAAGAAGGGACUGGAUGUAUACUGGAACAACUACACUCACUUCCUUUCGUCACAAAUUGAGCAUCUGCUCCAUGUAAUAAAUGAAACACAGCGGCUGGUAGGGGAUAAAGGUGUGCAUACAUUACAAAGAAGAUUGUCAUGCAGGCUACAUAAAAGUGGUUCUCGAAAAGUGUCUGACGAGUACGGAUAUGACGGAGAGAAUUUCAUAUCACUGGAUCACAAGUACGAAUACGUUGCUGACGUGCCAGCUGCCAAGACUAUUGUGAGGAGAUGGAACAUACAUGAAAAAAGAGGAAAAGGAAUCAUGGAUGAAUGUGUUAAAUGGUUAAAGAGAAUCGGAAACAAUGGAAAGCAUCAUCUGCAGAGACCAGUAUCUCCUCCUGAGGUGUUGUUCUUGCAGAAGACUUCCUCUCCAGUGGUGUGCUUUGCUACUGGGUUUUACCCCAGAGCAGUGAUCAUGUCCUUGCAGAGAAACGGAGAGGACGUCUCUCAGAAUGUGUCUGUAGGAGAAACAUUACCCAAUGAUGAUGGAACCUUCCAGAAGAACGUUUCCCUCAGUGUGACUCCUGAAGAGUGGAACAAGAACCGGUACAGUUGUGUGGUCCAGCAUAAUGACAGGAUCAAGAAUUUAACUGAGGACAUCGAGACUAACCAUGGACCUCAACAGCGCAACCGAGCUCUCAUCCUUAUACCUUGUUUCUUAUUCAUCUUGGUCUUAUUCAUCUUGGCUGUUUUGUGGAUGUCCCAGCAUGGAUGUCCUUGUACUGUCUUUGCUGGUUUGAUGGGCAGUACACCGUGUGAUAAAGGUAAAACCGUGUUGGUAUGGUGGAAGAAACAGGUACCCACUCACUCACUUCCUCCCUGGCCACCAAAAUAGACACACCUACCUUGUAAAUACACCUCGGGGCAGCGCGACGGCUCCGCGGCUCAUGCAACGACGGUUCCAGCUCGUGGUGCGACGUGCCCUCGGUGUGGCGGCUCCUCAGCUCGUGCCUCGAUGGCUCGAUGGCUCCCUGGCUCGUGCCUUGACGGCUCGUGCUGCGAUGUAACCUCGCCUUGACGCCACGACAGCUCGUACCACGACAGUUUGACGGCGCCAAGGUUCGUACCACGACAGCUUGAGGGUGCGACGGCUCGUCCGCGGCGGUUCGUACCACGACAGCUUGUCGGUGCGACGGCUCGUGCUGUGAUGUUACUUCGGCUUGACACCGUGAAAGCUUGUGGCGCGACGGCUCGUCCGCGGCGGCUCGUACAUUUACGGCGUGGCGGCUCGUACUGUGACGGCUGCGACGGUGCGACGGCUCGUGCUGCGAUGUUACCUCGGCUCGUGCCUCGACGGCUUGACGUCAGGACGGUUUGAUGCUGCAACAAGCUCAUGAGCUGUGCCGGCUCGUGCCUCGACAGCUUUGACGUUCGUGCCACAACGUUGUUGGAUCCCUUUUGCUAUUGAAGCCGCUAAAAAGUAGCCUUUGUGUGUGUAUUUACGAAUAAAAGAGAAAAUGCUUGUUGCCACAGUCACUCCUGCCUCCAGCGUCUUUCUUCCUCCCGAGGUAGCAUAUAGCAUGCAACAUGUGGGGCAAAAAAAGUUCGCCGUUAUUCGCAUUCCAAAAAAGAAACAGGCCUACGUCACGCCUAAUUAACAGCGGCAAAACAAUGAAACAAAAGUGAAAUUUAUUAACCACAUUUAGCACAACUGAAUUUCAUUUGAAGUGAACUCGCCUCAGUCUAGCAUUAAGCUCAUCUGAAUGAGCAGCCUUAGUCACGCAAAGCUGCGCAAAUGAGGCAAAGCGCGAGCAUUCACUUUGCUUUCAUAAAAGGGGAAUAAAACACAGGAAACCUGCAAAUAGCGUGUAGUAAAGAAUGUAAAUAUUUAUUUGAUAAAAAUAAAAAAGAAGAAAGAAACAAUGUUUUAAUGUCCAUCAAAAUACCACAAAGUGACAAAAAAAAA